AACCUGACCUCCUUCAUGUGUUGCAGGUAGAGGAUGCCAUGCUGAUGUUUGACAAGACAACAAACAGGCAUAGAGGAUUUGGCUUUGUAACUUUUGAAAGUGAAGAAGUUGUUGAAAAAGUCUGUGAAAUCCACUUCCAUGAAAUCAAUAAUAAAAUGGUAGAAUGUAAGAAGGCGCAGCCGAAGGAAGUAAUGUUCCCGCCAGGAACAAGAGGCCGGGCCCGGGGUUUGCCGUACACCAUGGAUGCAUUCAUGCUGGGCAUGGGAAUGCUGGGUUACCCAAACUUUGUUGCAACAUAUGGCCGUGGCUACCCAGGAUUCACACCGGGCUACAGCUACCAGUUCCCAGGAUUCCCCGCAGCGGCCUACAGCCCAGCAGCAGCAGCAGCGGCAGCGGCAAGAGGAUCAGGUAGGGGCUCCCGCGGAAGAGACAGCUACAUGGCGUACCCCCAGAAUGUACGGGCAGGGUUCCCAGACUACGGCUUCUAUUCCACGCCCGGCGACCAGCGGGCAUCGUACUCGUUUGCCGACUACAGCGCCAUCGGACUGAGGGCCACUCAGAUGCUACGCAGCGAGCACGCCCCAUCAGCGAGCAGCCCUUCUCUGCACCAUUUGGCCAACCCGGACCAGUUUAAGAACCCAGGGUCUGCACCUGGAUUAAGCAGCCAGCUGCUAACGUGGCCCCAGCCUCUGGUUAAAAUGACAGGUAAGCAAUUCCUGAAUAGCUACAGUGCUCAACCGAAUUAUGGCGCCCCUGCUUCCCCAGUAGGCACCAACCCUGCCCGGCACGGUGGGUUCCCCGGAGCCAACAGCCCCGGCCCUGUGGCUGAGAUCUACGGUACGGCCAGCCAAGACUCCGGCGUUGGCAACUACAUCAGCGCCACCAGCCCCCAGCCGGGAUCUGGCUUUGGACACAACAUCGGGGGCCCGUUGAUUGCGACUGCAUUUACAAACGGAUACCAUUGAAAGCAAACAGGUGUUGGUUGGUUGCCAUCCCAGGUUUGAGAGUUUAUCUUUAGGAGCUCCAAGCAAGCCUGGGCGACCUUUCUGACUGGUCCCAGAUUCAGACGUUGUCAUCUACGGGAAGCAGAAGACUUAGAGAAAUAACGAGCACUACAUCAUCACUGAACGACAAAACUGGAGGUGGCUUUCAGUGGACAUGUUUUAGAAAUCGCAUCAUCUCAAUGGUCUACUGUAUUAUAAUAAUCUUAGGAUAAAAAAAAAGAGAAAAUGGCAUUUUAAAAUGAUUAAUAAUAAUAAUAGUCUUUUGUGUUUUUCGGUUUAUUUUGAAAUUUACUUUGAAUCACAGAUUUUUUUUUCUUCUCCUAUUUGAGUUAUGGGUAGUGAUGUAGUCUUUAGGUUGUGUAUUAUAUUUCUGAUACCAUUAAUCCUGCACUGUACUCUCUUCGAAAAAAUUGUGUGCGUGUGUUUGUGUGUGUGUGUGUGUGUGUGCGCGCGUGUGUGUGUGCGCACACGUGCUUUUAUUUGGCUGGGUCAGUGGCCCCCGUUUAGUAACGACCCUUCCCGCCACCCGUUCACUCCCUCCCCGCCCUGCGCCUCGAUUUUACUUAUUGACUGGAGUGGUAAAGGAGGGGGAGGGGGAGAGCUGCGGAGGUCAAGGACAUUGGCAGAGGCGACAUUAACACUGAGGAAGGGGGCGCAAGAGUUUGGGUGGGUGGGGGGAGGGCAGCCGACUAACUGUCUCGAGCCACUGAAUUAGGUCAGUGGAGAAUCUACCUUGCUUCUUAAUGUUAUUGUCAAGAAGGAGGAGAAAAAUAGCCUGACUAACAAUCAGAAAUGGGUCUAUUUUUUUUGUUCUGUGACAGUACCUUAAUCAACUCUACUUUUGGCAAUAAGAUCGGGACUGUGAAAAUUAUUUUCCUGAUCCUUUUUCUAUAAGUGCUGUUUUCUCACGCAUUUUUUUGGGGGGGUUUAUUGGGUCGUCGUUUAAAGAAAGAGGUGUUCGGAGUUUAAGACGUUUUAUUUUAUUGUUAUUGUGAUAUCUCGAAUACUGUAAAUAACAAUUCCAAGUAGCUGGAUUUAUUCGAUUCAAAGAGCGAGAGCGAGAGAGAGAGAAAGAGAGGGGUACAAAAUAUUUAGGGUUUGUUUUUGAAUUGGGUGCUGCUCUAGGGUGGUUCAGCAUUUGGCAAAUAUAUAAGGGGUCUCAAACUCGGACGGAGUUUGUGGACCCCGCCAAGUCUCAUUGCCCCGGCUGCCCUUCGAUGAGACCUAGUUUAACACUGUACAGCUUUGCUCCAUAGUUAUCUCCGACAGAAUUGUCGACUGUCCUCACGCCAUUUUAUUAAUUUCUGAUCGAUUAUUCUAUUUUUUAUUGGCCCACGCCAACAGUAGAAGGAUGCUUUUGUCACCAGAACUGAUGUUGCCUCAAUUGUGUGCCUUUAGAGUUCAAAAGGAAACCAAUUGAAUAUCUCACAUCAGGAAGAAAAGCAAGGAUAUAUUCACUUCAUUGACUGAAUAAAAGGUGAAAGUAAAUCGCAAUAUAGGCAAGGUUCAAUUCAUUAAAUCAUUGUUUUUUGUUUAAAAAAAAAAGGGGGGGAAACUUGGUUUCCCCUUAAACCUUGGAAUUAACAGUAUCUUUUUAAUUAUGCUCACUUUUCAGCCAUUCUAUUUUCUCUCCUUAAUCUAAUUGUUAGGCAAGACCCCUGCCAUUAAACGUGUUGCCUGUAACAACACUGAGUGGCAACACUACAGCUAACAUAUCUUAUCUAUCCACGUAACUCUGUAUUACUGAAAUAGUGCAAAAACACAAGUUAUUUGACGAAUACCUCAGUGCUGUGUUGAUAUCAGCAUAGAAGCAUUCUAAAGAUUAAUUUAUUGUAGACUUACAGAUAAUUAAAAUAAAAUUUAGAUGAAACCAUUGUUGCACUGUGAUUGGUAGGAAGCAACUGUAAACUCCUAUUUGCACAUGAGAAUGACUUGGCAUUUUUAUACCCCUUGCCUCCCUUCGACAGGGGCAAGGUAUGAAGGAUAUUCUUUUUUUUUGUUGUAACAUUUGUCUUUUUUUUAAAUUAAAUUGGGACAUGUAGGGCUCGAACAGCCAGUAGAAUGGCAUCUUGAUCAGCGGAGUGAUUGAAGAGGGAUUGCUACAUGUUACUUCAACCUGUCUAAAUACCAUUAAAAGGCAAUGCCACGUCCUUUCGUUUUCGAAGAGAAAUAUCCGUAACACCUUAACACCCGUAAACUGGUACUAAAGACCCUUUGUUCACACACUGUUAAAUAGUUGAGAAUAUUAUUAUAAAGUGUAGCUGCUACACUCCUAGGUUAUUUUUUUGAGUUUCAGAAGCAUUAGCGACUGACAUUAGCUGAACAAGGAAUUGAAAACCGGUAUCUGUAGUGGCAGCCAGCGUUACAUUUUUUGGUAGAUCCUGACAGGGUUGUUUUCUUUGUUUAAAAAAAAAUCCCUGUUUUAUUGUUUUUUUUGCCUUCAGAACAACAACUGGUUUGUAAAACGCUGAAUGCUGGAGAUUUUUAUAAAUGAGUACAGACGUGAUCGAGGAGUGAAAACAAAGAACUAAUAGUGACAUUUUAAGAGAAAAUAAAAGGUUGUUCUUGGAAUUAAAGUGGUUCCCUAAAAUCAGAUUACAGUCGGGGAACAUUUGUAUUGAUAUACAUACAUAAUAUAAAUAUAUAUAUAUAUUUUUGGGGGGUUGUUGAUAAUUCUGUACUGUACUUCCUAGAUUAUUUCAUUACCCAUUCAUUCCCCCUCACUUUACGGAGAUACAUAUCCCCCUAAAGCCGCACCCCCCCCACCCCCCCCUCCCUUUCCCCUACCCCCGCCCCCGUUCCUCCUGCCCCUGAUUCAAUUAGUAGACAUUGAUGUAUUUUUUGCUAGUAUGUACAAUUGCUAUUGUCCUGGAGUGCUGUCUUUGAUGCUUAGCCUUAGUGAUUUUUAAGACAAAAUUAAUUCUCUCUCCAAUAAUAAAUCUUGUAUUAGUCUUAGGUGUAUUGUAAUUCUGACAGAAAAAAAAAAUCUACAAAAAAAAAAACAAGUUUUUUUUUUAAAAAGAAGAAAUGAAAGGGUAAAUAGUACAAGCUAUUAGAUUUAGUCAAGUAAGAUCUAGGACCGGUAAGGAUAGGAUUUCCUGUAUUUAAUAAUUAAAAAAUAAUGGCAAUUAUCAACCAUUCUAAUAUUGGGGCAAUUCUGCAGAUCUGACAUGGUUUGAACAAACCAAAGCUUUCAUAACAUUUUAAUGCUGGCAAUCGGAAGGCAUUAAGUGAAUUCCCCUCCCUUGUCUCUUAAAAAGGGGUUUUGCCAUACUACCUUAAAUGCUAAUGCUAGAUAUGCAAGACUGGGUUUUUAUUAUUUUUAAGAGGGACGCAAGCUAUAAUUAUGAAAAUGAUUUUAUUAAGAAAAUAAUCCAUAUUUUUUUAAAAGCUCAGAUGAAAUUGAUAAAAAAAAA